AUGACAUCGUCAUAUUUAGUUACUAUUCCAAAAGCUGAUCUUAAGUUGAAAACAGUAAAAGAUUUUAUUACUGGUAUAUUUAUUGAUAAUUCUGGUUCAACAUCAUCUCAAUUGGUUUCAAUAGGAAAAAAUGUUUUACAAGCUGAAUUAAGUAUUUGUCAAGUUACUCAAUUUGAUCAUAUUGUUCUUUGGAAUACAACAGCUAAAUUAUAUACAAAUAUUGAAACAGCACAUCCAGAGGGUGGUACAAAUCCAACGACAAUAUUUCAAAAUGAAUCAACGAAAAAUGCAUUUAAUAAAUCUGAUGUUAUUGUUUUUGUUACCGAUGGAGAAAUUGAUAAUAAUAGUGUCACACAGUUUGCAACACAUACAAAAGAUAAUUUAAACAAAGCAUUAGUUAUUUGUAUAAUCGUUCAUAAAAGAUUUUUAACACCAUCACAAAUCAAUGUUUCAGUUGUUGCACCAUUAAUGAUAGCUUCUAAUGUUUUAUGUCUUUUUUAUGAUGGUGAAAUUUUUUAUAUUCUUUCAUCAAAAGGUUAUAUUAGUCAGUUUUAUAAAUCAUCUGAUGAUUUAACAGAUUAUCAAAAGUUAAAUACAUUAAAUAUAAAUGAAUUAUUUCAUAAUAUUCAAAUUUAUGAAUAUACAAAAAUUCCUGAUGGUUAUAUUCCAAUUCGUGAUAAUGAAGAAGAAAUGAUUGCAAUUGAUUUUAAUAAAUUUUUAAAUACAAAAGAUUUAAAUUUAAUAUCAAAUUUAACUGAAAAUGAUUGGAAAACAUUAAUUCAAUAUGGAAAAAUAGGUAAUAAAUUACAUGAAUUACGAAUAUUUGUUUCUCAUAUGAAAAAUCAAUCAAUAGAAAUUGAUAAAGAAAAAUUAAAAUUAAAUUUUAAUUUUAAAUAUUUAAAACAACGUGAUGAAAUUAUUUCAAAUAUUGUUAAAUUAAAAUUAAAUGAAAUUAAUAAUUCAAUUGAAUUAAAUCAAUAUCGUCAACAACUUCAUCAUAUAUCAGAUCAAGCUAAAAUUGAAGAAAUUGAAUAUCUUAAAUAUAUUAAUUUAAAUCUUCAUAAAAAUCGUCAAUAUUGGAAUAAUAUACAAAAUUUAAUUCAUGAACAAGAAAUUGGUUCUUAUUCAAUUAAUGAUUUUACAUUUUCUUCAAAUCGUGCUAAUCGAGCAAAAUUAUUAACAAUAAAUGAUAAUGAAUAUUCUGAUAUAAUUAAUAUUUUAGAUCAUACAAAUGUUCCAUUAUUUCAAUGUGCUAUUUGUAUGGAACAAGGACCAUUUGUACUUUGGUUAAAAAUACCAAAUAAUCUUAAUGAUACAACAAAUGAUUUUAUUAUUAAUUUUCCAUUAGAAGGAAAUGAAAAUUUAAUUAAUUGUAUUGUUUCAAAUCCCGUUUGUGGUUUUUGUGCUAAAUCUUAUAUAAAUGCAACAAUAAACAAUUCAAAUCAAUUAAUAACUCUUUAUCGAGAAUCAUGUGCUGGUUUUAUUCCAUUAAAUUGGUCAAUAGAAUCAAAUCGAAAAUUUGCAAAUUAUGUACUUUAUCAAAUUUUAACAGGAAAUAAAAUUCUUCAUCAUAUUCAAAUGUUACUUUUAUCUAUAAUUGAUGAUUAUAAAUCAAAUUGGUUUAAUCAAGAAAUAAAAGAUUUUUUUAUUAAACAAAUUAUUGAAAAUAUUUAUACAACUGAUUCAUUUUCUGAAGAAGGUAUUCGAAUGAUAUUUAUUAAUGCAUUAAAAGAAAUUAUAAAACAAGAAGAUAAAUUAUUACGACAACCAAUUAAUGCUUUUUGUAGAAUUUUAAAUUUUAAUUAUAUUUUUCAUCAACUUGAUAAAGAAAUAAUUCAAAUACUUUUAAGAAAACGUUUUACACUUAUGUGUAUAGAAAAUCAAUGUUCAAAAACAAAAUUUGGUCCUGAACAUUUAAGUAUUGUUAAACAACAAUUAUAUGAUAUUCUUUUUGAUACAUUAUGUGGAAUUCCUCGUCAACAUUCAUUGAAACAAAUCGAUAUUAAUAACGAAAAAUUAAAAGAAUUUCUAGGCAAAUCUUAUGAUACUGCUAUGCAUUCUAUUGAUAAAAUUGCUAGAAAUAUAGGUACUGAUCGUUCAACAAUACUUCCUAAAGAAAUUGUAUCAUUUAUUUUAUAUCUUUUAACAACUGUACCUAUACAUGAUCGACCUAUGAAAUUAUAUACUGAUUUUGCUUUAAAACAUCGACCAUUUCGUGACAAUAUGCAAAUUGAAUGGUCAGAAUUUGAAAAGAAGGUAAAUGAAGAUGUAUUUGGUCAUUAUCAUUCUAUGUCUGUAUCCGUUAUACCUGACUAUGCAAUUAAUCUUGGACAAUUUUCUUGUCCAAGUAAAUUAUUUUUUAAUACUGAACCAUUAUGGAGACAAGAUAUUGAAAAUAAACGUAUUAAUAUAACGAAAUUGAUGAAUGAAAUCAAGAUAAAUCUUGAUAAUAAACUUAAAGGUUAUUACGGUAAUGUGAUACCAAAUACAUCAAGUGCACAUUUUCUUUUACAUAGUAUUGUUGCUGAUGUACUUGAAAAUAAAUAUCCUUAUGACGAAUUAAUGAAUGAACAAAUGAUUAUAGAUUGUAUAAUUCAUAUUGGUCGAACUGCAGGAAGAAAAGGAAAUAUUUAUGCUGAUUAUAUUUUUCCAUAUAUUGUUUUAACAAUUGAACAUUAUUUAAAAUUUCGUAAAACAACAAAAAAUAUGACUAAACCCAAUGAUGAUGCGUUAUCACGUUCAUAUCAAUAUAAAAUUAUAGCCGAAUUAGUUGCUAGUGGAAUGGAAUUUAAUGAAAAUACAAAUGAAGUUUUAUUUGAACCAUCAAAAUUAAAAAUUCCACAUAUGAUUAAAUUAGAUGAUAGUAAAAUUGAUUUUAAUGAUUUAAAAAAACAUAUUCAAGAACUUUAUAUUGCUUCGAGAAAAAGUUCAAAUAAUAAUACGAGUCAAACAAGUUUGAAUAUUGAAAUAAAAGAUUUUAUUGAGUUUGGCUACAAAAUGGAUGUUGAUGAUCUUUUACCAAUAUGGGCACAAGAACAAAAGAAUAUUGUUUCAUCAAUAAUUACUGAUACUGAUCAGAUUGAUCAACCAAUAAAAUAUGUAGCUGGUUUAGAUAUAAGUUUUGUUAAAACAAAUGAUAAAGCUGUUGGAUCUAUGGUUAUUUUUGAUUAUGAAACAUUAAAUAUUGUAGCUAAAAUAAGUGUUAAUUGUAAUAUGAAAAUUCCAUAUAUACCUAGUUAUUUAGCGUUUCGUGAAGCUCCAGUUUUUAUGAAAUUAAUUGAUAUUCAAAAAGAAUGUUGUCCUCAUUUAACACCACAAGUUAUUUUAAUGGAUGGAAAUGGUGUUUGGCAUCCACGUCGUGCUGGUAUUGCAUCACAUUUUGGUGUUUUAAGUGGAUUUCCAUGUUUUGGUGUAUCGAAAAAUGUUCUUUAUGCUGAUGGUAUAACACGAGAAAAAAUUGAAGAAUUAUUAACUGAAAAAGCAUCAGGAGAAAAUCAAUAUGUUGAAGUGAUUGGUGAUAGUGGAAAUAUUCUUGGUUUAGCUUAUAAUGUAACUGGCUUUGUAAAAAAUGCCGUUUAUAUUAGUGUUGGACAUAAAAUAACAUUAACAACAGCUUGUGAUAUAUUUAAAUCAGUGACUAAAUAUCGUAAUUGUGAACCAAUACGACAAGCUGAUUUACUUAGUCGAGAAAUGGUUACUAAAAUUUCAUAA